UUGUCAAGUCCUUCAAGGUUUGGAAUUCCUGGUUAUGCAGCCAGAUGAAAUUUACUUUCUAUUAUGUGGAAGAAAAAGUCAUCUCCCCAGCCUGUGGCACUUCAGUAUCCUUCAGCUCUCAAGUCCAGUUGUGCUGUGACUGUGUACUUGAACAAGACACUGAUUGGGUUGUUGUUGCCAAUGAUCUUUUAAGGAGCUGUCACGUAAACCAGCACAUAAAGCAUCUCUCUGAAUGUGGUGCUGAUGUGUUUGUUUGUCUUUAUGAGUCGAUCUUAGGAGAAAAAGUACCAGAUUUCAUAGCUACUCCUAGAAGCCAAGAGGAUGAUGCACAUAAUGUACAAGCGGUAAUAGAUUCCCUGGCAUUGGACUAUUUGCAGGUCAGCUUAUCGCACAUCACUGGUGAGAACAUUGUGAAAGGAGAAAGGGAAUCUAUCAGAAACCUCCUUGAAAUAUUUGAUGGUUUGUUAGAGUAUCUUACAGAAGAAGCCAGUGAAUCAUCUUUUCAGAAUGGAGAUGAGGCAACUGUGCUAUCCAAUAAUGAAAUUCAAAUUGCAUCUCAAGAGCAGCUGGAAAGCAAUGCUGGUCAACUUACGCAACCUUCAAUAUUCUCAUCAGUUGAAGGGUCCCAGUCAGAAUUUUUUGUUCCAUCUGGUGACGUAGAUGGAUCAGAAUCUACCAGUGAAUUAAUUAGACUUGGAGAUACUGCUCAUUCAUUUUCCAAGAGAGAGGAAGAAUACCAGUUGCCUGAGUUGUUACCAGCAGAAAAGGACAAGGGAGUGGAAGAAUCUAAAAACUCAGAGGCUAUUGCAACAUUACCUAGAGAGUUCUCUGAAACUGAAAGGGCCAUUGUAAAGGAAAAGAAAGAUGGAUCAAUGGAGUCUGUUCAUACUACUGAACCUCAACAAGAAAGUUUGAGUGCCAGUGCUAGAAAACUUGGGGAGCCUAUACAGCAAGCUAUUCCUUUGCUACCACCAUUUCAACCUUUGGAAGCCAGACCUCAUUAUCCUGGAUGGAGAGAUUAUCACAGCUCAGACAGCCAGUCAGCAGCUUCGGCUAACAGUCAAGGAAUGAAAAUUCCUACUCUUGAAAAGUCACUUACAAAAAAAACUGACGAUGUUUCUGAUAGUCUUCCUCUAUCAAGGAAAAUCCCUGUGGGAGACAAGGUGGUAUCAAAUGAUGCUGAGGACAAUGUGGCAAAGGUUCCUUGGGUAUAUGGGACUUCUACAUCUGCUUCCUCUUUACAUCAAAAACUCUCACUACAUGCUGAACAAGUAAAACGGACUCCAAGACCUGAAUCUAGAUAUUUGCCUAGAAAGAAAAGAUACGAAAAUUCCACCCCCGAUUCACUUGAAGAGUCUCUUUCCCCCAGAACAACAAAGGAAAAGCUAUCUGAGCAAGAGCUUCAUAAAGUGUCAGAAAAACUCUCUCACAGGUUAAAUGAACUAGAUUCAAUGUUAAAGAGAGCUUUGGGUGGGCACACUGGAGAAGAAGAGUUGACAGAUGAAGACAACCUGUCUCAGCACAGUGACAGUGUCAUGGAUUAUCACCGAAGGAAAGCUGAACGAGACAUACCACAUCUAAGGUACCCAAGCAGGCCACGAUCCCUUUCUCCACCCUCACCCCCAUCUCAGCAUCAACACUUUUCUGAGUUGGAAGAUAAACUUUGCGGUAACGGAACAGGCCAAAUAAGGAAAUUACGCAGCCAGCUGCAAAAAGAAAGGGAUGAAAGAACAAAAAAAACAAAGAUGGUUGCUAAAGCUUAUGAAGAUGAACUAAGAAUUUAUGAAGCUAAGGAAAGGCUCAGACUUUCCAAGCUCAGAGAAGUCAUCAAGGAAAUGGAACAAGAAUACAAAGAAAACAUCUUUAAAGAACCUCCCAAAAUGCCUCAGCCAGUGAAAGUUUAUUCUAGAAAAACCACACCUCGGAAUCCCAAAUACAGCCAGUGGAUUCCAAAACGAGGGACUGCGAAGCCAAAGAAAGCAGCUCCAAUGAAAGUAAGAGACGAUGACCUCCUAUUUCAGCUACUGGAAGAGUUUCCCCACCUACAUAUUUCCCACCAUACUAUGAAUAAAAUGUGGCAGCAGCAGCUUGCACAUACUGAACAACUUAAGGCAGCUUCUGGCAGAACUAGACCAAAACUCCAAAAUGAAGUUCAACAAGCUCUGAAGAAGCAUGAGCUUCUUGCUGCGAUUAUUAAAAAAGAUCAAGACCAUAACAAGAGACUGCAAGAAUUUAAGCAACGUAUCUGCCGACAGAAAUGGGCUCAGAAUAAAGUGAGAGAGAAACGCCAGCAAGUUGCUCGAGCCAGGAAAUAUUAUGAAGAUUACCGGGUUCAGCUGCGUGCCAAGAUGAUGCGGGCUAGGACACGGGAAGAAAGGAUAUUUAAAAAAUUAUUUGAAGAAGGCUUAGAAAUUCAGAAGCAGAGACUGAAGGACCUGAGAGCAUAUGCUCAAGAGAAGCAUGCUGAGCAAAGGAGAGCGCAUCAAAAUGAGUUGGAGUCUAUGGAGAACUAUUACAAAGAUCAGUUUUCCAUGCUAGCAGAAGCUUUAUCUCAAGAACGCCAAGAAAUCCAAACCAGAGAGAAAGCACAAGCACAAAUGCUACAGAAAACAAAAAGAGAACUAAGAUCAAGGAUGGAAAAGGAAAUACAGCAACUGCAAGCAGCAAUAAUGCAAAGUGAUGAUGACACCUUUUUUCAAGAACUAGAAGCAGACAGACUGAAAUCUAGACUUCAGAUGGCUUCCUUUCAGUAUAGCAAAAGCCAUUUCUUGUAAGACUUACGGUAACUAUCAUUGCAGUUCUCUCCGGCUAAGAUGAUGAGAAUCUGAGAGCUGCUGUAUCAGGAAGAUGGUGUGUGGCUGUUCUUCUCUAAAAUACCUGGUUUGUUGUUUUGACAUGUCAGAGGUGUAGCUGCUGCUAUCUGGGCUCUCCACAGCACUUUUAUGAUCACCAAUAAAGUGUUUGAACUAC